AUGACAGAGAAGCCUGUGAUCUCGCAAUUUAUGAGGGAUAAGGCCAGCCGAACAAGGCUAGCCAUCGAGUCCUUUUAUGCUCAAACAGUCACUCAGGCGGUUGAACGGGAUUCUCGGGCUAAAAAGCUUGAAGAGAAAAUGGCAGCAGAAGGUGAUGAAGAUGAAAAAGAAGAGCGACGAAAAGUGCAACAUUCGAAAGAAACCGAUUUCUUGCGUCUUAAAAGAACUCGGUUGGAAGUCACAGAUUUUGAAAGCCUGAAGGUGAUUGGACGCGGAGCGUUUGGCGAGGUCCGGCUUGUUCAAAAGAUCGACAGUGGCCAUAUAUAUGCAAUGAAGAUACUCCGAAAGAGUGAGAUGUUGGAGAAAGAACAAACUGCCCACGUCCGAGCUGAACGAGACAUUCUCUCUGAAGCUGAUUGCGAAUGGGUAGUGAAGAUGUAUUAUUCAUUCCAAGACUUUGCUAACUUGUACCUCGUUAUGGAGUUUCUACCAGGAGGUGAUAUGAUGACUCUACUAAUCAAGAAGGACACCCUCAGCGAAGAAGCAGCCCAAUUUUACAUCGCUGAAGCAGCGCUUGCGAUUCAGUUCAUCCACAAUCUGGACUUCAUUCAUCGUGACAUCAAGCCUGACAACCUUCUCCUGGAUGCCAGAGGUCACGUUAAAUUGUCGGACUUUGGAUUAUGUACGGGGCUGAAGAAAAUUCAUCGUACAGAGCAUUACAGGAACUGGCCUUCUCAGCUACCCCCUGAUUUUGUCUCGAAGCCAGUCGAAUCAAAGCGCAAGGCCGAAACGUGGAAGAAAAACCGCAGAGCAUAUGCGUAUUCCACCGUUGGUACUCCAGACUACAUUGCACCGGAAGUGUUUCAACCAAAUGGCUAUACAAAGAGUUGCGAUUGGUGGAGUCUUGGUGUCAUCUUGUAUGAGAUGCUCAUUGGCUACCCACCGUUCUGUUCCGAAACUCCCCAAGAGACAUAUCGUAAAGUCAUGAAUUGGCAACAAACACUAGUUUUCCCUCCAGAAAUGCCUAUCAGUGUUGACGCAAAAACGACGAUCAAGCGAUUUUGCUGUGAACCUGAGCGUCGAAUGGGUCACAAUGGGGGGCUGGAGGAGAUCAAACAGUGCAUAUUCUUCAGACGUAUCGAUUGGAACCAUAUCAGAGAGCGCCCUGCACCUAUUCGGGUAGAAGUGAAGAGUAUAGAUGAUACCAGCAACUUUGACGAUUUCCCAGACGUCGACCUCCGAUGGCCUGUUGUAACUGUGCCACCAAAACCAGAGGAACAACCUGGUCAUCGUGGAGAAUUCGUCGAUUUCACCUACAAACGAUUUGAUGGCCACACACAAAAGAUGCGCUACAGUGAAAUGCACAAAGUAUGUUUAUAUAUUUGUUAUUAUAUUUAA